AUGCGGACUAGACAUGAAAAUCUUGACAACGUAUAAAAUGGAUCAAACCUUCCUUUAGAAUAUAAAUGAGACUUUCGGUUGGUCUCUAAAAGCAUAUUGAUGUAGAUAAUCUUCAAACAAAUAUGAAUCUUUGGAAACCUUGUCACGUAUACUUUGUCUAAAUAUUCAUUAAUAAUAAUAUUAAUUAGAGGCAACAGUAGUUUACCUAUGUUCUCAUAAAGACAUUUAGAAGUUAUAUAUCAAAGUAAAAGCUAAGAACUGAAGAAACCGCAUGAACUCCAAAAGGAGUGAGACAGGGAGUGUCGACGGUAGACGCGUCUCUUGCUAUGCAUGCAUCACCAAGCUAUUCGAAUCCACACUUAGAAAAAUGUCACAAUCGUUGAAAAUAUACUUUAGAUCUAUAAAGAGGUUAAACUCCUAACUAUCCUACUGUCUGUCGAUACAUUUAUUUUUGGCAUUGCACUAGUCAUGUCUUCUUUGACUGUCCAUGACGUUAAAAUACUAAAUCCCUGGGAUGUGUUUUAGUUGAUUUUAGUCUCUGAUGCAUGAUUUUUUGUUAUUAAUUGUUUUGGCUUUUAACUAGCUGUCAGUAACUGCGAGUACUCUCAAAUCGUACUUUCUUGUUUAUUUGACCUGUUGAUACUAAUUGUAUUGCUUUUUUGUUAUUUAAUGUUAUUCAGGGUUAUAUCUGGUCUAUAUAGCAGCUUUGAUAAGUGUUUGGUAUAUCUAUAAAUUUUCACUUCGUACUAUGAACAUAAAAAUUAUUUAUUUUGUAAUAAUAUUUCCUUUCUCUAUUGGUACUGUACACGUAUACCUAACAACAAAAUUUUUUCAUUUACCUGUGUUUAAAGUUAUUGCAAAUGGAUGGUAUUUUUGUUCGAGCAUAUUGUUUUUCUUUAAUUGUUUAACAUUUCUUACCGAUAUAACAUGUUACUUUUAUUAUUCUUCCCUUAGUUUAUUUAUUUUGUAUUCAAAAAUAUUUAUUUUGUAAAAAUAUUUCCUUUCUCUAUUGGUACUGUACAGGUAUACCUAACAACAAAUUUUUUUUCAUUUACCUGUGUUUAAAGUUAUUGCAAAUGGAUGGUAUUUUUGUUCGAGCAUAUUGUUUUUCUUUAAUUGUUUAACAUUUAUUACCGAUAUAACAUGUUACUUUUAUUAUUCUUCCCUUAGUUUAUUUAUUUUGUAUUUACAUUGUGGUAUAGGUCAAAUUUAUUUGUUCAGUGUAUGUUCAAUGGUGUUAAUAUGUCCUUUGAUUGAGUUAAGCUAUUUCAGUUGAUAUUUUAUAGUGUGUCUUUCUAUGUUGUGAUGUUACACUAUUGUUUCAGAAAAAGGGUGAAGGUUUGGUACCAUUAAAACGUUUAAACCCGCUGCAUUUGUUUGCACCUGUCCUAAGUCAGGAAUCUGAUGUUCAGUAGUUGUCGUUUGUUGAUGUGGUUCAUAAGUGUUUCUCGUUUCUCGUUUUUUAUAUAGAUUAGACCGUUGGUUUUCCCGUUUGAAUGGUUUUACACUAGUAAUUUUUUGGGGCCCUUUAUAGCUUACUGUUCGGUGUGAGCCAAGGCUCCGUGAAGAAGACCGUACUGUGACCUAUAAUGGUUUUCUUUUAUAAAUUUUGACUUGGAUGGAGAUUUGUCUCAUUGGCACUCAUACCACAUCUUCUUAUAUCUAUUUAGUCAAUGCAUCUCGAAAAUGUGAAAAUUGUAUUUAAUUAUGUAUGUUCGUAUGAGGUCGCUUUUUGUUUGAAAAAGUUCACUUCACCGCGAAAAGAGAUUUCGAGGAGAGCAUGUAUAGUGAUAUUAACUGGCUGUUUCUGAAUUGGCCCUGUUAUAUAUUCGAGGUUAGCUGUAUUGGCCUCCAGACUUGAUGAGUCGAUGGCCAAUGCAGCUUAUCGAACUCCUAUAAAAGGGCCAAUACAGAAACAGUCAGAUCAUAACACGUUUAUGAAAAGAUUUUUAUUCUUAGAUUAAACUAAAACACUUGCCGUGAAGCAGUUACAUGGAAUUCAAAUUUGUCUUUUCGUAGUCACGAUGCAUUUUUUGUCAAUAUUGAUGAAAUUUCAUAUUUCGUGUCCAAGUACUUAAUCUAUGCGAAUUCAAUUUAUUUUAUCUGGCAAAUAAAGAGAAGCUGGAAAGAAUAACUCAGACAUUUUAACCAUUUUCUUACUCUUUGUCGUCUGCGUUCUGAUGAUUGGUCGACAGAAAUGAAACAGUGAUAAUAAUCGAAAGUUUUAAUCGGAAAGGCUGUGGAAUAUAUCCGUUUCAAAUCGUUACAAAACACAGAACAUGAUUUAAAUAUUUUUAAGUUAUUUUAUUUUUUCAAAAUAUGAUAAAAAUGUAUCUUAUGUGUACAAAUACGUCCAAAGAUAAGUGAGAACAAUUUUCUUUUAAAUUAAAGAUUCGAUCAACUUUUAUUUAAGUCUCAUCUGUUACGCUCGAUUCAAAAGAAAUUAAGGCCAAAUAAAGUACUUAGCUGAACAGCAUUCAGGACCGAAAAUUCUGAGAGGUUGUGCCAAAUACAGCUAAGUUAUUAACACUCCACACGUCUAUGUCCACACUUAUUGAUAAAACAAUAAUAGUUUUAUACAAAUAUGCAUAUCUAAAACAUCAUUUAAAUAGAAUUGUCGGCAAGGGGGACAAGCAAUUAGUUACUUCAUAUUCAUUAAAGAACACUAAAGGAUUUUUUAAAAAAUAUGAUUUUUAUUAUCUCGGUUUUAAUUUUCUCCAAUGCCGCGACAGCUAUCUCAUUCUCAAAAACAAACGGACUCAUAAAAAGGCCUUUCCAUUUUUUGAUCUGAAAACUUCCUUGACUAAUUGUAGUACAUAUAUAUAUUUUUAUACUUGUGAAAUUAGUCACAUAAUAAUAUGAUUGGACAUAACACCAAAGAGCAUAUCUUUACCACUCAAUGGACGAACUAACAAACAAAAGAAUAAAAUUCAUCAACCUCUGUUCAACUAAUUAGUGUAUUCAAUCUUUAUGACUUUUUGGAAAUAAAUGUUAACUAUGAUUUCAUCUAUUUAUACGUUGUUGUGAAAUGAUCGGAUUUCCAAUUUAUGUUCAAAUACGGGAAGAAGACUUAAGUUCAUUUUUUGUAUCUGAAGGAUGUUAUAACGUUAUCACACGAUAUACAAACACUAUAAGGUACAUUUUCAACUAUACACAAAGUCAAGAACCGUAUUAUCAAGACUUAUCUAACAACAACUUAGAAGAAUGGAAGUUAAAACGUUGUUAAUCCUGAUGCUUGUUUUGUUUGUGUAUUCUCUGAUUGGUGGAGCUAUAAUGAUGGCACUUGAACAAACCAAUGAAGAGACAGUUACAACAGAUAUAACAACUACAUUGUCAACAUUUAUAACUGAUCACGCAUCUUGCAUGACGAGCAAUGAACUAAUAGCUUUUUUAACAGAAGUCCGAAAUGCCUAUGAUAGUGGUGUUAAGUCAAUUAACGGAACCACUAAUGCUGCCACCCAGUGGGAUUUCGGGAAUUCAAUUUUCUUUGUUGUAACAGCGAUAACUACAAUUGGAUAUGGAAAUCAAACACCUGCAACAAAAGGUGGACAAGCUUUCAUUGUAAUUUAUGCAUUGAUCGGAAUUCCAGUUACAGGGUUGAUGCUUGCAGGCCUUGCAGAAAAAAUAAAGAAACUCAAUAGUUAUUUUACGAAUAAGACAAUACCAUACUUGGAGAAAUAUACCAAAACGGAAAAAGGGUUAAAAUAUUUUUCGAUAUAUUUCACAAUAUGUUGUCUGCUAAUAUUGAUACCGUCGGCUAUAAUUUCCGCAAUAGAGGGCUGGGCAUACGGAGAAGCCAUUUAUUAUAGUGUGAUAACCUUCACAACGAUUGGAUUUGGAGAUUUUGUUGUAGGGACUGAAACUAAAGGUGGUACAAAAAUUGUUUACAAACUUGUAGUUAUUAUUUGGAUAUUUACCGGUCUUGCAUGGCUUGGAGCACUUAUCGGAGAAUGUACAGAAACAGCUAAGGCUUUCACUGAGAAAAAGGAAAAGAAACAGGUGAAAAAUGGAAGUGACAUCGAUGAUACAUAUGAAGAUGUUAACACAAAGACUGACGUUGCGACUGGUGAUCUUGCAAAAGUGGCGUAGAUCUUCAUAUGCAAACUGUGAUUCAUGAGGCUAAUUCUGUCUAGGCAUGUAAAUCUUGACAAUCUAUAACAUGGAUCAAACCUUCUUUUAAAAUGUAAAGGAGACUUUCGGUUGGUCUUAAAAUACACAAAGAUAUAUAUACUUUUUCAACGAAUGUGAAUCUUGCAAAACUUUUUCAGGGAUACUUUGUCUGAAGAAACAUUAAUUAUGUUUGAAUUCGAGGCAACAGUUGAUUACAUAUAUUUCCGAAAAGAUAUAAAGAAGUUUUUAUCAAGGAGAAAGCUAGGAACUGAAGGAAUCACACGAAGUCCAAAAGAAGGGAGAUUGGGAGCUUUGACGGGUUGAGAGUCUGCUGAUAUACACGCAUCACCCACUGUGCAAAUUCAAACAUAGAAAUUCUUUACAAUCAAUGACAAUAUACAUUUAGGCAAUGCAUCUUGAAAUCAUGGAAGUUGUAUUCAAUGAUGUGUAUGCAUAUGUGGUCGUUGAAUCGACAAGGGAAACCUCUUUUACGCCUCUGCAUGAUGUCAGUUCAGAAAUAUAUAUAUACCAACAGAUGUACAUAAUAUAAUAGUUUUAUUAAUGUAGAAUUUUGUCUCGUUUUGUACACGUUAAUGACAGCAACCAAGAAACACAUUCAUAUUCAGAACAGAUAAACGGAAAUACCGCAUGGACUCCAAGUCCACCAAAUAGUUACUGUCAUGUGUGUAUGUUGCAUGAACAUUGAUCACCGAAAAACAA